CACCGGGUGGCUGAUAGGAGGGGUUGGAGUGAGUGACGCUGGCUGCGCCUUGACGCUGAGCGGAGCGCUCACCUGCAGACGAGAAGAGCCGGGGAAAACUCGGGACAGAGCUGCAGCACACACUCACGGAGCGCAGGGUGAAACGCAGCGAACAGUCUGACCAAAGUGGGAGAGGAAAUUAAACAGUCACCGAGGAAGAACCGCGGAGCGACCUUCUUUUCUUUUCUCUCUCUCCUGCUCCUUGUCCAGGCAGCUUUGACUCGGUUUUACUCGUCACAAUGAGGACUGACUUCGCAGUGGUCCUGACAACAGCUCUUCUUUUUGAUACAAUUUGGAGGAAUAAUGGGGAGCACGCCUCCCAAGGUCCCUGUCGACCUGGCUUCUCGCAAAGCUUCUACUUUGUCCAGAUAACGAGGGAUGUACUGCAAGGCCAGGGCGUACUUAAAGGUACUCCAGUAUCACCACAAAAAGUGAAGUUUGACGACUGCAUGGGGAAUGAGGCCGUGGUUUUCCAGAGCACCGACCCGGUCUUCAACGUCCGGACAGAUGGAUCCAUCUUUGCCAAGGGACAGGGAGCCAGCUUGGAUGAGACAGUUCAGUUUAAAGUGACAGCGCGUGGCCCUCACACAAAUGUCUGGGAGACUGUGGUUCAACUGACCCUGAUUGACCUGUCGUCAUCAGGGCAAAAUGAAAAUGAGGUCACAGAGGAAGCAGGGAACAUCAGUGAGCAAAACAAGAAGAAGGACACGUCGCAGGCACCAACUCCUGUCAUCAUGUUCCCAGGGUCCCGUGUCAACAGCACCAGGGGUCUCCGAAGGCAGAAGAGAGACUGGGUGAUCCCACCAAUCAACGUGGCAGAAAAUUCUCGUGGACCAUUCCCUCAGAUGCUCGUCAGUAUUCGUUCCGACCAAGACCAGGACAUUCCAAUCCGAUACAGCAUUACUGGGGUGGGAGCAGAUCAACCACCCAAUGAGGUGUUCAGCAUCGACCCUGUGCUCGGAAAGAUGUUUGUCACCAAACCUCUGGAUCGAGAACAUCGAUCUUCUUAUCAUCUGCGGGCCCAUGCAGUGGACAUAAAUGGGAACCAGGUCGAGAAUCCGAUUGAUCUGUACAUCUUCGUUAUUGACAUGAAUGACAACAGGCCAGAGUUCAAAAACCAGGUCUACAAUGGUUCUGUGGAUGAAGGUUCUAAACCAGGUACUUAUGUAAUGCAUCUAUCUGCAUUUGAUGCCGAUGACAACACCACAGCUAAUGGAAUGGUGCGCUAUCGGAUCCUGUCCCAGACACCGCACAGCCCCAUCCCUAACAUGUUCACCAUCAACAGUGAGACAGGGGACAUUAUGACAGUGGCGCCUGGACUCGACAGAGAGAAAGUGUCCCAGUACACCAUCAUUGUGCAAGCCACAGACAUGGAGGGAAACCUCAACUUUGGCCUUUCCAACACAGCCACUGCCAUCAUCACUGUCACGGACAUCAACGAUAACCCUCCCAUGCUGACCUCAAGAACUUUUUCUGGCGAGGUCCCAGAGAACACAGUGGAUGUUACGGUGGCUAAUCUGACUGUAAUAGAUGCUGACCAGCCUCAUUCUCCUAACUGGAACGCCGUUUACAGGAUCAUCAGUGGGGACCCAACUGGGCACUUUACCAUCCGCACUGAUCCCAUUUCCAACGACGGCAUGGUCACCGUGGUGAAGCCAGUCGAUUUCGAGAUGAACCGGUCCUUCAUGCUGACAGUGGUUGUGUCAAACCAGGCCCACCUGGCCAGCGGCAUCCAGUCUUCACUCCAGUCGACUACUGGAGUCACCAUAUCUGUGAAGGACGUCAACGAGCCCCCUUACUUCCCCACCAACCCCAAACAGAUCCGAUUCGAGGAAGGCGUUCCUACUGGCACCAGCCUGACCACUUUUUCAGCCUCAGAUCCUGACAGACUCCAGAUGCAACAGAUAAUCAGGUAUUCAAAGCUGAACGAUCCCGCAAACUGGCUGUCUAUUAACAGAACCAGCGGUCAGAUUGUAACAACUGGAAUGCUUGACCGGGAGUCCGUCUACGUAAAAAACAACAUAUACGAAGCUACUUUUCUGGCUACAGACAAUGGCUCUCCUGAAGCCAGCGGCAUAGGCACAUUGCAGAUCUAUUUGAUAGAUAUUAAUGACAACCCCCCGGCGCUCGUACCAAGGGAGUCUCAGAUCUGCGAAAGGAUGAACAAAAACGCCAAUGGUGUCAACAUCACUGCCGCCGAUGCUGACACGGAUCCCAAUGCUGGACCCUUUGUUUUCGAGCUGCCCAACUUCCCCAGCAGCAUCCGACGCAACUGGACCAUUGCACGGAUCAGUGGUGAUUAUGCCCGUCUCGCUCUUCGGUACCAGAUCUACUUAGAACCAGGAAUGUACGAGGUCCCUAUCAUUGUGUCAGACUCUGGCAACCCUCCGUUGUCCAACAGGUCUGUCAUCAAAGUGAAGGUUUGUCCGUGCGAUGAAAAUGGAGACUGUACCACACUUGGUGCUGUCGCGGCCGCUGGCCUGGGGACUGGAGCCAUCAUCUUCAUCCUAAUUUGCAUCAUCAUACUGCUGUGCAUGGUGCUGUUGUUUGUGGUAUGGAUCAAGCGCAGGGAGAAAGAGAGGCAGACGAAGCAGUUGCUGAUUGACCCUGAAGAUGACGUCCGAGACAACAUCCUCAAAUACGACGAGGAGGGCGGAGGAGAAGAGGAUCAAGACUACGACUUGAGCCAGCUGCAGCAGCCCGACUCUUUAGAACACAUCAUCAGCAAGCCACCUGGCGUACGCAGAGUUGAUGAGAGGCCCAUCAUCCCAGAGUCUCAGUACCCCAUCAGACCAGUUGUGCCCCAUCCUGGAGACAUUGGAGACUUUAUCCAUGAGGGUCUGCGGGCUGCAGACAACGACCCCACAGCCCCUCCGUAUGAUUCCCUGCUCGUUUUUGACUAUGAGGGCAGCGGCUCCACCGCCGGCUCAGUCAGCUCCCUCAACUCUUCCAGCACAGGAGAUCAGGACUAUGACUACCUCAAUGACUGGGGACCCCGUUUUAAGAAGUUGGCUGACAUGUAUGGGGGUGGGGAUGAUGAUUAAAAAUCCAGCCCUAUCUCUCACAUAUAUACACACACACACCCUCAACCCGUCAGCUGGCCUGCCAAGCUCUGUCUCCACAACACAGUGGGGCUAUUACACCCUUCUUGAACACACGUUAAAGAUGGCAUGCUCACACGGACCAACCAACCAAUCUAACAACCCACCACAGAGGAUCAGUGCCGUGAGUCACUUCCUGGUGCUCUUCUCAACCGGCUCCUGCUCUAAGCCUGUCUAAGACUGUACUAGAAGCUCUGAUUUGCAAGCUUUGUGUCAUAUCUACUCUCAAACUCGUGUACUUAUUUUGUCACAUCAGUUUUUGAAUUGUACACUUUGAUUAUUUUUUUAUGUCUGGUUUUAUUUCAGUUUCUAUUGCCUUCUUUUUGUCCUCAGUCUCGUUUGAUUCAGAAGAUUCCCUUUUCCGGGGGGAUUUCACUUUUCCCUCUCCGUCAGCCCCCCGCCCCGCCCGCCCGCCUUUCUGAAGGAGCUUUAGGUUGAGCUACAUGCUUUUUCUGAGGCAAACAAAAGAGAGAGAAAAGGUAACACAGAUAUGAAAGUCCUCUUUACAUGGAGGGUUUUGAUCCAUUCUUUCCUGAACUUGAAUUACUUAGAACAGAAGCACUGUUGUUUAAAAAAGUGCCUUCAGUGGUGGGUUUCUUUUAGCAGACUCCUGCUAACUCAGGAUUGGUUGCCAUUAUUUGGGCUAACAGGCCGUGACAUGACCCCAGACCCUUUAAUUCAGAUCUCCCUCGUCAUUUCUCCCGUCCGGCAGGGCCGUGGUAUCUGUGGGAGAUGUCAGUGCUGGUUUUAGAGGGCGCUUCAAGUACACAUACUGCACAUAGGCCUACAGUGUGUCGCUAGGUAACAGACAAAUCAUUAGGCUUUUUCAAGUCAAAUGUACCUGUGCCCCUAGAUCACAUUUAGAUUGACAGUGAUUGCUGAAAUCACAGAUACAUAUGAAAAGGCUGUCUUACAGAAAAAAAAUCAUCAUGUCUUUGUUUCUUGUAGCAACAGCAGCUGUGUUUGUUUUGCUCUCAGUGUGUGAGAGAUUGGGCUCGUUACUAAGCAUAAAGGUUGACAAGCUGUUGUUUCUGCAAUGUUGCUGGGUAUGAAGUGCUUAAAGAGGUUAUUUAGGAGCUUGGCUUUAAGAUCAUCCAAUAUUUGCAUAUGCACUCUUUCAGUCAAAGGUGGUUGAUUACCUUACAAUUUUUGUGAGAAACAUGUUGUGGAAGUAUAAACAUGAAAGUUACAAAUAUUACAAAAGGUACAACACAGCCAUUGCUGUGAUUUUAUCUUAUAAUUAGCUGCACCUUGAGUUACUCUCUAAUUUUACCCAAAUUAGCCCAUAUUGCUUUUCCUAUAACUUUAUGACAUAAACACUGCUACAGAAACUAGAGAUUCACAGUGAAAUUCUCCAAUUUUCAGCUUGUGCAGAUGACUUGUGAUCUAGUCAGUCAGAACUCACAAAAAUCUUACCUUUUCAAAUCAGUGAAUGUACCAUAUCAAACCACAGAAGUGGAAACACACUUAAUAUGUGGACGUUGUUACUUUGGAAAGAAGGCUCAAAGUUUGUACCAAUGAGGG